AUGAUAGACAUUUUUGCUGCUCUACACUAUUCAGAAGAGAGGCAAGUUACUUUUACGGUCUUUCAACUAGAAGGGGCCGCCCGUUCUUGGUGGAAUAUCAUACGAACCAAAUGGGAGAGAGAGCAGACACCAAGAACGUGGGUGAACUUCGUAAGGGAGUUUAACGCCAAGUACUUCCCGCCUUUGAUCCAGGAAAAGAAGGAAGACGAGUUCAUCCGACUUCGCCAAGGCACCCAAUCAGUGGCCGAGACGGUGAGACGUUUUAUUCAGGGGCUUAACGUGGAAAUCCAAAAGGACUUGGAUGUAGCCCAAAUCACUACUUUUAGUGAUGCAGUUGAGAAGGCUUUGCGAGCUGAGAACGCAAGGCUCCAAGUGAGGAACUUCCAGGUUCGCAAACGUGGGCUCUCGGGAGCCAGGGGUACUCAGCCAAGAGGUGGCCAAACUGGACGAGGUCAACAGAGGAGUGCUUCCCAUGAGAGCUCAGCCACUGUUUCUCGUGGCCCGUGUGGUUUCUGUGGGAAGCUAAACCAUGCGGAGAACAAUUGUUGGAGGAAAGAGAGGAAGCGCUUACGCUGUGGGAGCGCGGAGCACCAGAUCGCCAAUUGUCCGGUCCAAUCUCGAGAGAUAAUAGGGACUACGCAAUCAUCGAAGGCUACCUCGGAACAGUCGAAAGUGGAAGGAGUGAAACCGAAGGUGCCUGCUCGGGUGUAUUCUGUCGAGCAAUGCCAUGUCCCUGAUUCGGCGGAGGUGGUGGAAGGUACGAUUCCUGUCUUCCACCGUCUAGAUAGGAUUUUGAUAGACCCCGGUGCCACCCAUUCCUUUGUUAAUCCUGAUUUCUUGUGUGGAAUUGAUAUCACCCCUGUUAGUUUGCUAUAUGAUCUAGAAGUAAGUACUCCUACGGUGUGA